AUGGCCGCUCCAAUCGAUGACGGCUCAAGCAACGCCCCUCACAGGCGCCACAUCAACAAGAUUCGCGAAAAGGUUGACCUCCUCGCAAGUGGCCUCUCCCGCGUCGGCGUCUCCAUCGCAACUACCUGGAACCCCAACCAUCGCCACGACGAGGAACAUGAGAAAGAGGCAGACGCCGCCCUCGAGAAGAUCCGCGACGGUCACCGCUUCCGCUCCUUUGCACCAGAGCGCGAGGCCAACCUCGUCAAGUGGCACAUUGACGGCCACGACUACUUCUGGGCCCUAUCUGAGUUGAUCGAUAAGGCUCAGCACACCAUUAUGAUCCUCGAUUGGUGGCUGUCGCCAGAGCUGCAGCUCCGUCGGCCAGGAGCGUACUACCCAGAGUGGCGGCUCGACAGACUUCUCAAGCGCAAAGCGGAGCAGGGCGUCUUGAUCUAUAUUCAGGUCUACAAGGAGGUCACCGCCUCAAUGUCGCUGGGUUCAAAGCACACCAAGCACGCUCUCGAGGAUCUUCAUGACAACAUUGCCGUCAUGCGUCACCCAGACCACUCCGGGGGCGAGCUCGUGUACUACUUCUCGCAUCACGAGAAGCUCUGCGUCGUCGACGGCAAAUGGGCGGCCAUGGGAGGCCUCGAUGCCUGCUGGGGCCGAUGGGAUACCCCCAACCACCCCAUUGCGGAUGUGCACCCAACCCAGUUCCAGAACUCGCUGUUCCCCGGACAGGACUACAACAAUUCGCGUAUCAUGGACUUCCAGACAGUCGACAAGUAUGCUUCCAACGAGCUCUGCAUCCUUGAGGCUGGGCGUAUGCCUUGGCAUGACACCUCCCUCACCCUCAGCGGUCCCAUUGUGGAAGACCUCGUGGCUCACUUCAGCCAGCGCUGGAAUUUUGUCAAGAAGAUCAAGUACAAGCACGACAGCCGUAUGGACUGGCUCACGCUUCCUGAGCCGUGGAACAGCUACUACAACCCAGACGCUGUCAAGGAAGCCAAGGAGGACGCUCAAUUCCGUGAGGACCACCCCCACCUCGCGGAGCUGAAGGACAUUGGCCGUGAGGCCAUGCACCCCCAGACCACUUUCAAGUCCAUGAUUCCCCGCCAACAGCAUGAGGAGCCCGUGGCAGGUGGUGUCCGUGUGCAGGUGGUCCGUUCCGUCGCAGAUUGGAGUCACGGCACUCUUAUCGAGGACAGCAUUCAGCAAGCGUACAUUUCGAUGAUUCGAGAGGCGAACCACUGCAUCUACAUUGAGAAUCAGUUCUGUGAGUGCACUAACCCAGUGGUAUCUAACAUCAGCAUCACCACCACUGAGACAGGCAAUCCCGUCACCAACCUCAUUGGUGCCGCCAUUGUCGAGAGAAUCGUGUCUGCUGCCAAGGCCGGCCGUCCGUUCAAGGUCUUCGUUUUCAUUCCAGAGAUCCCUGCCUUCCCAGGUGAUAUCCAGGGGCAGUCUGGUCUUAAGGCCAUCAUGGAGGCGCAGUACCGUUCAAUCAACCGCGGCGGUCACUCGAUCUUCGAGAAGGUCCGCGAGGCGGGCUUCGACCCUAACGAGUACAUCUCGUUCUGGAACCUCCGCAGCUACGACCGUAUCAACGCGCCCAAGGGGUACAUCCAAAAGAUGGAGGCAGCCUCGGGCGUCAGCUUCCACGAGGCGCAAGUUGCCAUGGCUCGUGUCUUUGUUGGGCAACCAGGCGAGGAGACAGACGACGGCGAGGUUGUGUUCAUCGAGAAGCCCCACGACCAGCUUACUGCUGCUGAGGAGACCAACAAGGAUAAGAAGACCGCGCAAGACGCAGUUCCUCUGCCAAAGACUGUUGACGAGGCUAUUGCUAUCAUUGAAAAGUUUGAGAGUGGCGCGCCUAGGGAGGACCUGGCGGUCAGCGACAACAUUGGGCAAAAUGCCCUCGAAUCUGGUGUCUCGGUCAACCAGGAGCCGUGGCUCGGUACUGAGCAGGAGGAGCGCGACUCUAUCGUCACUGAGCUUCUCUACAUCCACAGCAAGAUUAUGAUUGUGGACGACCGCCGCGUUAUUAUUGGCAGUGCCAACCUGAACGACCGCAGCCAGAACGGUGAUCACGACUCGGAGAUUGCAGUUGUUAUUGAGGACACUGAAAUGGUGGAGGCGACAAUGGGCGGCAAGAAGUUCAUGGCGACCAAGCUCGCGUCAUCAUGGCGUCGUGCACUCAUGCGCGAACACCUUGGGUUGCAGCCCCCUCUGCCCCCACUCGGGCGCGAGAACCAGCCCACGCCCAACAUGCAGAUGGUGGGGACACCGAACGAGUACGACUGGGGAUCGCCGUCUGAUCUGCUUGUCGCAGACCCGCUUUCGGUCGAGUUCCAGCGCCUCAUGUUCGAGACGGGCAGGCAGAACCGUGCCGUGUUCGACCGCGUAUUCCGCAGCGUGCCGAACGACAUGAUCCACAGCUGGGCGCAGUACAGGGACUACGUCUCGAAGAAUGCGGGGGUCAAGGUCGGCCACGUCGCCAACCCCGAGCUGUCGCUGCACGAGAUCAAGGACCUGCUGUCACGGGUCAAGGGCCACAUUGUGCCCAUGCCCAUCAACUUCCUCAUCGAGGAGAAGUGGCUCACCGAAGGCGACUUCCUCUCCGUCAACCCGAUCACCCUUGCGAUCUACAUCUAA